UUUUUUGAAUACUAGAUGUACACCUACAAACAAUUCAGUGAACUGAAUAUUUCAUGUAGUGUGCAAAAAAAUCGUUUGGUAUCACAGUCUAAAGCAAUGCAAUUUUGCAACUACAUUGUUGCACAUGUUAACUAGUAGCUAUACAAACUUAUGGUGUUAUUCAUAAACAUUAUAACCUUUAAAGUUUAAACCAAGUAAAAUAAUGUUUUGUCACAUGAUUUAUUUGCAUAGUAACAAGAAUGACAUAUCAAUCAAUAGCAAUUAAAGGCUAAUAGCAUAUUUAAAAAAUAAGGAGGAUAAAAUUUUAAUCUUAAAAUCAAAACUAAGAUUCAUUAGAAGCUAUAGCUUCUAUAGGUCAAACUCCAAUAUGUUUUGAUAUUCUUAGCAUUAGGUCUGACUCUGAAAUUUUCCCUAAGAUUGUUAUCAGCAAAACAUUCUUCUGGAAUUAGCAUUAAUUUGAAGAAUGUCAACUGUGAUCUCUACACACAGCCUUAUUGGUUUGCCUUAAUCUUUAAUAUUACAUUAGAAAAAUAGGAUUCUUAUCAUUAAGUUAAAUCACUAAGAAAUUUAUGGGGCAUUUAUAUAAUAUACUUAUUUAUGAUUGUAAAAAUUUUAAGAGUUAGCAAAAGCCUUUGUCUCACAUUAUGUCUGCUAUCAUGACACCAUGAUAGGAUAGUUGCAGGCAGUUGGUGACAAAGAGCCCUACUAGUUUCCUGUACAAUAUCUAAAGUAAACUACUUCCACAAAAAACAUUUUGUUCACACAAAAUAACAUGGAGAAAGAAGAUGAGGCUCGACGAGGCAACUUACUUGAUGAUAUGCCACCUAUUAACUGUGAUGUCAUGAUAGACUCUGUCUAUGGCAGCAGCAAGGACAUUGGCGAUACAACCUUCUGUUUAGGAAAUUACAUACCAGACUUUAUGAAGAUGCUGUUCACGAUGCGGUCUCACCACAUGUUGACGGAUGUGGUCCUGGAGGUGGGCAACGAGCUGUUCCACGUGCACAAGGUGGUGCUGGCCGCCGGCAGCCCCUACUUCAAGGCGAUGUUCACGAGCGGGCUGAAGGAGUGCGAGAUGUCGCGAGUGCGGCUGCAGGGCGUGUGUCCGUCCGCCAUGGCCUGGCUCGUGUACUUCAUGUACACGGGCAAGGUGCGCAUCACGGAGGUCACCGUCUGCCAACUGCUGCCCGCCGCCACCAUGUUCCAGAUCUCGAAUGUCAUAGACGCGUGCUGCGCCUUCCUAGAGAGGCAGCUGGACCCUCUCAACGCCAUCGGCAUCGCCAACUUCGCCGAGCAGCACGGCUGCGUCGAGCUCAAGCAGAAGGCCAACCAGUUCAUCGAGAGAAACUUUAUACAGGUUUGCCAAGAGGAGGAAUUCCUACAACUGACGGCGCCAGAGAUAAUAAAUCUCAUCAGAAAAGAUGAACUGAACGUCAGAGAAGAACGGGAAGUAUACAACGCCGUAUUGAAUUGGGUGAAGUACGACGAAGAGCGGCGUCACCCGCGCAUGGAGCACAUCCUGCAGGCGGUGCGCUGCCAGUUCCUGACGCCCAGCUUUCUAAAGGAGCAGAUGACCACCUGCGCCGUCCUUCAGAAGGUGCCCGCCUGCCGAGAGUACCUCGCCAGGAUAUUCCAGGACCUGACGCUCCACAAGAAGCCCGUGGUGAAAGAGAGACGACCCAACACGCCCCGCAUCAUCUACGUGGCGGGAGGCUACUUCCGCCAUUCCAUCGACACCUUCGAAGCCUACAACCUGGACGACAACUGCUGGAGCACGCUCCCUCGCCUCACCGUGCCUCGCUCGGGGCUCGGAGCCGCCUUCCUGAAGGGGAUCUUCUACGCGGUGGGAGGCCGCAACACGUCGCCGGGCUCGUCGUACGACAGCGACUGGGUGGACGUGUACAACCCCGCCACCGAGCGAUGGAGGCCGUGCAGCCCCAUGGCCACGCCGAGACACAGGGUGGGCGUGGCGGUGAUGGACGGGCUGCUGUACGCCGUGGGAGGCUCCGCCGGUUCCGAGUACCACAAGUCCGUCGAACGGUACGACCCCGAGACGGACACGUGGACGUACGCGGCGGCGAUGGGCUGCGCCCGGCUCGGGGUGGGCGUGGCCGUCGUGAACCGGCUGCUGUACGCCGUGGGCGGUUUCGACGGCGUGCGGCGCGUCCGCUCCGUCGAGUGCUACCACCCCGAGAACAACGUGUGGAGCGAGGUGGCGCCCAUGGGCGUCGCCCGCAGCGGCGCCGGAGUGGCCGCCCUCGGCCAGCACGUGUACGUGGUGGGCGGCUACGACGGCGCGCAGCAGCUGGCCGCCGUGGAGCGCUACGACACGGAGCGCGACUCGUGGGAGACGGUGGCGCCCGUGCCGGUGGCGCGCUCGGCGCUGUCGCUCACCGUGCUGGACAACAAGCUCUACGCCAUGGGCGGCUACGACGGCAACGCGUUCCUGGACAUCGUGGAGGUGUACGACCCGGCCACGGACUCGUGGAAGAGCGGGCCGCCGCUGACGUCCGCGCGCUCGGGCCACGCGUCCGCCGUCUGCUACCAGCAUCCGGCGCCCGCGGAUGCGCACUCGCGCUCGUGACCGGGCGUUCCCGAACCUCCGAUGAGCCACGACCGCCUCGCGCUAAAACGGUGAUCGUCGACUCGUCCGGAAAGGACGGCUCCGCGCGUGAAACGUUCGAGGUGACCGACGCAGGCGAUUUGAGUUCACUUUAUCACUUUUACACAUAUUUUUGUAGACACGUGACAGUCGGUCGGAUCCUCGACAGAAUUGCAUUUCGUAUAAAUCUUAAUUAUGAUAAUAUAAUAUGGCCGUGGACAUCUAAGUCUUUAUGGUUUAAUUCGUGAUACGAUCGCUAAUGUAAUGUAAUAAUUAUAAAUUGUAAUAAAUAAAAUUAAACAGUACGUAUGUGUAUAUAUGGCGAGGUGGAUAUUUUAAUCAUAAGUAAUCGUGUCCUCGAUGUACAUAGGUAAGUUAAAAUAUGAUUUUUAUAAAUAAAUUGAGAUUUACGAGAA